AUGGAGGCCUCUGGGCACCCCCAGGCCAGGAGAUGCUGCCCAGAGGCCCUGGGAAAGCUCUUUCCUGGCCUCUGCUUCCUCUGCUUUCUGGUGACCUACGCCCUGGUGGGUGCUGUGCUCUUCUCUGCCAUUGAGGAUGGCCAGGUCCUGGUGGCAGCAGAUGAUGGAGAAUUUGAGAAGUUCUUGGAGGAGCUCUGCAGCAUCUUGAACUGCAGUGAAACAGUGGUGGAAGAUAGGAAACAGGAUCUCCAGGGGCAUCUGCAGAAGGUGAAGCCUCAGUGGUUUAACAGGACCACAAACUGGUCCUUCCUGAGCUCGCUCUUUUUCUGCUGCACAGUGUUCAGCACCGUGGGCUAUGGCUACAUCUACCCCGUCACCAGGCUUGGCAAGUACUUGUGCAUGCUCUAUGCUCUCUUUGGUAUCCCCCUGAUGUUCCUCGUUCUCACGGACACAGGUGACAUCCUGGCAACCAUCUUAUCCACAUCUUACAAUCGGUUCCGAAAAUUCCCUUUCUUUACCCGCCCCCUCUCCAAGUGGUGCCCCAAAUCCCUCUUCAAGAAAAAACGAGAACGCAAGCCCGCAGAUGAAGCUGUCCCUCAGAUCAUCAUCGGUGCUGAAGAGGUUCCAGGCCCCAAACUUGGCACAUGUCCUUCACGCCCAAGCUGCAGCAUGGAGCUGUUUGAGAGAUCUCAUGCGCGAGAGAAACAGAACACACUGCAACUUCCCCCACAAGCCAUGGAGAGGAGUAACUCGUGUCCUGAACUGGUUUUGGGGAGACUCUCAUACUCCAUCAUCAGCAACCUGGAUGAAGUUGGACAGCAGGUGGAGAGGCUGGACAUCCCUCUCCCCAUCAUUGCCCUUAUUGUUUUUGCCUACAUUUCCUGUGCAGCUGCCAUCCUCCCCUUCUGGGAGACACAGUUGGAUUUCGAGAAUGCCUUCUAUUUCUGCUUUGUCACGCUGACCACCAUUGGGUUUGGGGAUACUGUUUUAGAACACCCUAACUUCUUCCUGUUCUUCUCCAUUUAUAUCAUCAUUGGAAUGGAGAUUGUGUUCAUUGCUUUCAAGUUGGUGCAAAACAGGCUGAUUGACAUAUACAAAAAUGUUAUGCUAUUCUUUGUAAAAGGGAAGUUUUACCACCUUGUUAAAAAGUGA